AUGAACAGGCACUCCUGGUUCACUCUGCAGUACAUCUCCAAGCCUUUCUGGAGAGCGGAGAAUCACAAUGCAACCAACUUCUUCUCUGCACUGUAUGGCUUCCCUAACCAAUCCUUCUUCCACAGCGAUUUGGACCUGGAGGACCUGGGGGACUUUGGCAGUGGGACUAGGUAUGAGGGCGAGUCCCAGAGCAGGACAGUGAAGGCCUUGCUGAUUGUGGCCUACUCUGUGAUCAUCUGCAUCUCCCUCUUCGGUAACCUGCUGGUGUGCCACGUGGUGAUCAAGAACAAAAGGAUGCACUCGGCCACCAGUCUCUUCAUCGUCAACCUGGCCGUGGCUGAUGUGAUGAUCACCAUCCUGAACACCCCCUUCACACUGGUGAGGUUUGUGAGCAGUACCUGGGUUUUUGGGAAGCUGAUGUGUCACGUAAGUCGCUUUGUCCAGUACUGCUCCGUCCACGUGUCCGUGCUGACCCUCGCUGCCAUCGCUCUGGAUCGGCACCAGGUCAUCAUGCACCCCCUCAAGCCACGCAUGUCCAUGGUGAAAGGAGGGAUUUGCAUCAUCAUCAUCUGGGUGAUGGCCAGCUGCUUCUCCCUGCCUCAUGCUGUGUAUCAGACUUUGACAAGAUUUUAUAUCGGGAACAGAACCAUACGCAUGGUCUGCCUCCCCAGCUUCCCUCCUCCUGCUGAUCUUUUCUGGAAGUAUUUGGACUUGACUACUUUUGUUCUCUUGUAUGUCCUGCCCUUGCUUGUGAUCUCCAUCACAUAUACCAUAGUGGCCAAGAAGCUCUGGCUGAGAAAUGCCAUUGGGGACCUCACCAUGGAGCAAUACUAUGCUCAUCAACGGAAGAAGAAGAUGACUCUGAAGAUGCUGAUGGUGGUGGUGGUUGUGUUUGCAGUGUGCUGGUUCCCCCUGAACUGCUACGUGGUGUUGAUCUCCUGCAGGGCCAUCCACAGCAGCAACGCUCUCUACUUUGCUUUUCACUGGUUUGCCAUGAGCAGCACUUGCUACAACCCCUUCAUUUACUGUUGGCUGAACGAGAGCUUCAGGUCUGAGCUGAAGUCUCUGCUGUGCGUGUGCCGGCGGCCCAGCGGGUCUCAGAGCCAGGCCCUGCAGCCCGUGUCCCCGCCGUGCCGGGCUGUGUCCCCCCCAUGCCAGCCCCUGUCCUCCCCGUGCCAGGCCAUGUCCCUUCCGUGCCAGCAUGCCUGGGCCAAGAGCUGCCACCAUGCAAGGGGCAACACCUGCCAGAAGGCAAGGGCCUCCUCCCAGAAGAACUCAGCCAAGACAGACAUCUCCAGUGUUCAGCCAGUUGUGGCAGAAAGCUGAAGCCUUCCUCCCACAGCCAACAGCACCGUGUGGGAACUGCAGAAUCACUGGAUAAAUGGCAUGCGAGGGGAUUGCUGGGGACUGUCUAGUCCAGCCUCCUGUCCAAAGCAAGAGCUCUUCAGCAUUCAGUGGGGCUGGUCAGGACCUCAUCCAGUCAGGUGUUUAGAAACGUGCAGUGAUGGAGUUCCCACAGGUGGGCUCCAGAGGGAGGGACCUGCUGAGUGAAUUUUUCAUUGGAACUGUCAGCAAAAAUUAAGAUAAUUUGUAAACAGCACAGAAAAUAUUCCAUAGGCUGAGUGAGGGCACCCACACUGCUGGUGCACGUGCCAGCUGGUGCACACAGGCUGGGAGCAAAACCAGCACCCAGAGGGGGCAAAGCCUUGGCAUGUGGAGACCAGGGGGUGCUGGCCAGGAGGCACCUCUUGUGCUGACACACCUGGGGCUUCGUUAGAGUCUCUCAGUGUUCCAACAAACACAUCAUUUUAUUUUCUAAGAAAACUGCUGUGUUUUGACACUGUCAGUUGACUUUUUUUAGCAUGAAGUCUAAAUUAUCUUCUGUGUCAUUAAUAUCUUAUUUUUAUCAGUCCUCAGGAGCUGUGUCCUUGAUGGUGCCAGCCUGUCUGUCUGUCCUGGAUUGAGCCCCCACAGCAGUGACAGCUGAACCUGGGCUGGAACCCCCACUGUAACUCCAUGUGUUGGGAACAGAGAUGCAGGUUUUAAAACCAAAAGGCAGGAGACAGGAAAAGCUUGCACUAAAUAAAAGGGUUCAUUUGUAAACCUUUAUAUACUCCCCUGCUCUGUAAAGCUGAGCAGCAAUAAAAAUGUGCCACAGCAAUUGCCCCUGAUACCAACCCUCAAGUUCCUGCUGCUCUUGGUGGUGAUAGAGUGGUCAGGUCCCUCAGCCAGGGUAGGGUCCCUCAGCUGUGGUAGUGGGGUCCCUUGACCAUGGUGGUGGUGUCCCUUGACCAUGGUGGUGAGGUCCCUUGGCCACAGUGGUGGAUUCCUUGGCCAAAGUGGGUUCCCUUGGCCAUAGUGGGGUCCCUUGGAGGUGGACAAGUGGCCCCAUGCCCAGCCCAGGCAGCUGCAGGUCUAACAGGUCAGGGUGGGAGCUGGCUCCAGCAUUUUGGCAGUGGAUUUAUAUCACCAGUGAGAAAUACCCAACAUCAAACUGGUGGCUGUAAAAAUUCACCAGUCACAAUUUUCUCUUCCUCAGAAAGAAUAACCAGCUUCUUUAUUCACAUCCAUUCGGUGCUGGUUCACCCUGUGCAAUUGCAAAGGGUUUAGCCUCUAAAGACUGUGAAAGGAAAAGUAGUCCUGUCCUUCCUAUGCAAAAUGACACAAACAACACUUGCACAGCAUGGCAUGCCCACUCAGGACUGGCAGUUUGCAGCAGGGGCAAACCUGAGUGAAAGACUAUUGAAAUUUGGAAACCAAGAUGCUUUCAAUAGGUACAAAACUGUUAACAUGUGACCUGAGAACAUAUUUGCAGCUAAAAAAUAAACUGUGAAGCUGAGGGAAGAGUAAGAGUAACAUGAAUCUUGCUUCUUCUUAAGAUGGUCAUGGGAAGGGGAGAGGCCAGAAGCACCCCAACAAGGAGUAGAAAGCUCCCAUGGCUUGAGACACCACAAAACCCUCCAGCGUUUCCACUGGCAGCGCUGUGAGGAAAUGCUCCCCUUCCUACAGGCGAGUGGAUCCAUCUGGCUGGAGAGCAGCCCUAUGGAAGGGGACUUGGGGGUCUUGGUGGACAGCAAGCUCAGCAUGAGUGAACAGUGUGCUGCAGGGCAAAGAAACCAACAGGAAGCUGGGCUGCAGCAGCAAGGGCAUCAGCACCAGAGAUACAGAAGUCAUCACCCCACUCAGAUAUGUUUCAGACCAUACCUGGAGUAUUGAGCUGAGUUCUGGUCCCUGGGACAGGCUGAAGAGGGCCCAGAGAAGGGCCACAAGGAUGAUCAAAGGACUAGAGGACCUGCCAUAUGAGGAGAGGCUGAGAAACCUGGGUUUGUUCAGCCUUGAGAAAAGAAGGCUUUGGGGAGACCUUAUCACCAUGUUCCAGUACUUAAAGGGUGGCUACCAAGAAGAUGGAGACUCCCUAUUUACAAGGAAAUGUCAAGGGGUAACGGACAGAAGCUGUUCCUGGGGAGUUUCUGAUCAGACUCCAAAAUAAAAUUUUUCACCAUGAGAACAGUUAGACACUGGAGUAAUCAUAGAAUCAUAUCAAAGAAUGGUUUGGGUUGGAAGGGGCCUUAGAGAUCACUCAGUUCCAACCCCCCCUUCAUGGGCAGGGACACCUCCCACCAGACCAGGCUGCUCCAAGCCCCAUCCAACCUGCCCUUGGACACUUCCAGGGAUGGAGCAGCCACAGCUUCCCUGGGCAACCUGGGCCAGGGUCUCACCACACUCACACUAAAGAAUUUCCUCUUCAUGUCUAACCUAAAUCUCCCCUUUUCCAGUUAAUCCAUUCCCACUUGUUGUCUCACUACAAGCCUGUGUAAAAAUCCCUCCCCUGCUUUCCUGUAGCCCCUUCAGACACUGGAAGGCUGCUAUACAGUCUCCCUGGAGCCUUCUUUCCUCCAGGCUGAACAUUCCCAAGUCUCUCAGCCUGUGCCCAGAACAGAGCUGCUCCAGGCUCUGAGCAUCAUCUUCAUGGCCUCAUCUGGACUUGCUGCAGGAGCUCUACGUCCUUUCCAAGGGAAGUGGUGAAUUCCGCUACAUUGAACAGUUUUAAGGCUCAGCUUGACAGGGUGCUGGGCCACCUUAUUUAAUCUAUAGUGAUACCUAGAAAGGUUGGACCAGAUGAUCCUUGAGGGCCCUUCCAACCUGUCAUCCUGUGAUUCUAUGACUGCUCAUUCCUGAGCAGGGCUGUGGGAGUGCCCUGUGGAAGGAUGCACUUAGGAGAGGAAAAUGAAGUGGAAAAAUCUCUUUAGAGAGCAAGGACCCACGACUGAUGUAUCUUCUCUGAUUCACCUACAAGAAAUGUAUUUAACAGACUUUCUAUGCGGGCUUUGCCCUGGGAGCCUUUAUUUUUUUGUGCUAAGAAAGAAGCAUCAGUGGAGCUGUGACCAGAGCUGGCAUGGGGGAGGCAGACACCCAGCCUUUCAUCUUACAAAUAAAUAACAGCACAAACCUGAUUUUACCACUAAGUUGGGUUUUUUACUGUCUGUAAGACUUGAAAUUCAUACCACUGCAAAUGGCAUUUCCAUAAUGUAACUGUCUGGAGGGUUUCUGCAAACAAGAUGCCUCUUGUUAAAAAACAAACCAACCACAAAUCCAAAUACACUAUUGUAAAGGUGAGUAACUGAAUGAGAUGUCUUUUCAUUCAAAUGUUCUUCUUUUUACAUUGGACAGAUUCCAUGACAUUAAAUACAGUUCACAUGUAUGUCCCAGCACCCUCCCAGAGAGCUGCUGCAGCUCUGGAUCAAACAAAUCAAACAGGGGCUGUUCUGGCUGCUCAACUCUUUCAAGGAUGGCAACUUGGGUCUGGCUGCCUCUGGCCUUUGCAGGGCGGGAAGGGCCAAGGUCAUGGCCACAACCUGCCUGUGUGCCCAGGGUGGCUGUGCAGAGAUGUCCCUCCCCUGGCCAGGUUUCUGCACGGGGCGCGUUGCUCCCUGGUGGAAAACGUUGGUUUCCCAACUGCACAUCCUGCAUGUCACACAAACUGUGCUUUCUUCACCAACAGUCUGCAGACUGGCAAUGCUGAGCUGCCUGAAAGAAAUAUAAUUGCCUUGAGGUGACUGUGAAAAGCUUAAAUUAAUGCAAAAGUCUGGCAAACUUUGCCAUCUUUAUAUGCAACCUUCUGCUGGAUGUGCUUGCUUAAAUACGAGCUCUGUUAAAAUUUCCAUGUGGUUGUAAUACAACAAGAUUUGAUUCACCAAUGUUUUUUGGAGGCUGAUAAUAGCCCAAUAAAA